UUUAAUGGUGGGGAUAAGCAAAUGUCCGUCGACUUCAUCCUUGUCAAAUGUGUUCUAAUGCUAGCAGAGAGAUGAUCAGUAUUGAAGAUCGGUAUUUUAAUCUUAACCGAAUUUUACUGUUGACUAUUGGUUUAUGGCCUUAUCAGAAAUCAGCGUUUACACGAUUUCAAUCAAUCUGUUUUUUUAGCAUCGAAGCAAUCCUUAUUAUAUCUCAAUUUACAAUAUUUCUAACUUCAAAGUUUACUAUUGACAUUGUUAUUAAGAUUCUAUCUCCCGCAUUUGCUUGCAUUGGUUUCAUACUAACAUACAACUCGUUUUACAUUAAUGACGAGACAGUAAUAUAUUUAAUGAAACAACUCCAACUUAUUUAUGAUGAUAUAAAGGACAACAAUGAAUUCAUGAUUAUUGAAAAAUAUGGAAACAAUGCGAAAUAUUAUACGAUUAGUUUAAUAACGUCUUUCUUCUUCAUGAUAUGCGUUCAUAUAUCUGCUCCUAUCUGGUCGGAUUUUUUUGACGUUAUUUUAACAGCAGAGAAGUUUCGACAUCGUCAUAUACAGACUAAUUUUGUAAAACAAAAACAAUAUUCCCAGCAAUAUUUACGGCAAUUGUAUAUAAAUGUUGCUUACUACGUAGGAAUUGCUGCAGUAGUAGCUACUGGGACAAUGCUCAUUACAUAUUUUCAACAUUUUUGCGGACUGUUUAGAAUUGCUAAUUACCGUAUCAAGAAUGCAAUGCAGAAUUAUAUAUCGCAAGAUAUUAAUUUACAAAAAGAGAGUUUGAUUCACAAGGAUAUAAUUUAUGCUAUAGAUAUUCAUCGUAAAGCUAUGAAAUUCUCAGAUUAUUUAAUAUCUAAAUUUGAGAUGUCGUUCUUCUUAUUAAUAAUAUUAGGAGUGAUCACUUUAAGUUUCAAUAUUUUUCAAAGUCGGAUUUUGUAA